UUUUUUACAGAUUCAACCGUAUGGCGUGAGUAGCAUAGCCGGGCACAAGACAGUUUAAAAGAAAUAUGGCCGCCUUGAGAUGGAUCUAGCGGAAGUGGUUGAAGAUUUGAUUUGCACGUUUGAUGGUUCAGGAGAUACUACCAUGGAUACCCUAGCGAUGUUCGUUUUCGGCUGGAUUCUAGCCGCCUUAUUCAUUCUCUGGUUGGGAAAAUUACUUUACGAGAAGUUCCAGAACAGACAAAAGACUCAGUCGGAAGCCAAAGCUAAGUUGAUAGAAGCUCCCGCGAAAACAACUGAUAGCAUCGAUGCGGAGAAGGUUGUGAAAAAAGUGUCGGCAGCUCCUUUGGCUGCUCGAAGCGGUGGAGGUUAUGUUCCUCCGACACCUCCGGUGAGGAAACGCUUGACGAGACAAAGCCCCGCUCCGGAGAGCCGGAAACCGAGGUACAUACCGGCCCCCCAGUGUACCGGACCUGAUAAUGUGUGUGUGUUGUGGGUCAAUGAUGUGCUGCAGUGGUUGUAUAAUGACUUUGUCAUCGUUAACGAGUUACUUGGUGUUUGGAUAGCCGCUCUGAACGAGUAUACGAAGAAAUCUGGUGCUGAGCAAGGAAUUGGCGUUGAAUUAAUAAGGAUAUUACCGGAAACACAUCCGCCUGUUUUGUCCAAUAUCUUCGCUGAAGCCGACUCCAAAGACGACGUGACAAUAACCUGCGACUGCGAAUCGACGCCAGCUUUCCAGCUGAAGAGUUUCAGACAGAAGGGCGAAAAGGCCGAAACGUCGCAUUACCGUGUUAACGUCAACCGUUUCAGGGCUAGACUUAAUAUCUUUUGCGUCUCUGAAAAGCUUAAAGCCAACGUGAAGUGCGACGGAUGGCCUGAAAUUAAAAUUGCCCUUGCUCCUGUGGGAAAUAUUAAGAAUAAUCUCGACGAAUCACAAUUGCAGGAGGUGAUAAUAGAAAUUUUGACGGACGCACUAAGAAAUACAGACGUUGACUUAAAUUUGGCCGAAUACCCAACCUGCCCAAGGUUAGUGAGGCAUGUUGCUGUGCCAGGACAAAUGUUACCUGUGCAUUAUGAUAGUAUGGGUAUGGGAAACAUUAGUCCGACCUUUAGUUCAACGCCCAAUCACCUGACGUCAGGCGUGCGGCAAAUUCCAGGAGAAAAACGACUUUUAGUGAAGGUAGUGAGAGCGGCACAAUUAGGUGCUUCCCAAGGCUGUGCAGAACCCUACUGUGUGGUGGAAAUGGACGAACCGCCACAGAAGAACCAGACCGCCGUGGCGAAAAAUACGGAUUCGCCUCAGUGGGAUGAACAUUUCUUAUUCGAUUUAUCCCCAAAUACAGCGGAACUGCUGUUCGAAAUAUACGAUCACUCAGUGAAACCGAACAAAUUCCUAGGUUUAGGUAUAGUAGGAGUAGAAGAACUUCUGGUAAAUCCAUCUCAAAGGCAGAUUAUUUCUUUGCAGAGUCGACCAUACGAGAGCGAUCCAGUUUCGGGAACUCUGACAGUCGAGUUCUUAUUCAUAGAGGGUGCUGAUAUACCAAAUAUAAGUGGUAGCCAACCUUAUAAAAUUAAGGAAACUUUAAGGAGUCCAUCUCCUGCUACUAAUAGGCUUAAUGUUACUAAUACUAUGACUACUUCAACGUUCCAAAAUGAUGCCCUUACAAACGGCAAUCAUUUACCUGACAUGGGAUAUAGAGACUUAGAUAGAAAUAGGCAAAAUCCGAACACAAAUACCCUGGUGAUUCACAGCAUGCAACGGCAACCUUCCCAAAGGCUAGUGAAGGUCGAGCUAAAUAACGGCGCCUGGAAAGAGAUCGAAACAAUCGAAGUGAAUACCGAAGAUAAAGAGAUCGACGAAGGCGUUGAUGGUAUGGAACGGAGUAAUGGAAAAACCAACGGUAACAUUACGAACGAAGCCAAUGGUACCGCCAAUGGAGAAAGUAAGGACGCGAAAAAUGACAUUGCUGUAUCCAAGCCCGGUGACUAUAGCUUUACAAAUACAUCACAGCUGCCGAACGAAUCUCAACAAAAUCUAGAAUUUAGAGGUAGGUCUAGGAAACGUAGAGACUUCUUCGGAACAAUUAAGAGAAGACUUGGCAAGUCGAUGAACAGAUCAAAAUCUGCUGGGCCAGAAAACGAUCUAGGACGUGAUGAUUCCCUGAAUAGAUCUGUUUCUGCAGAUCGAGGGCGACAUGAUGAAAGUUAUCGCCUGAACGUACCUGGCCAACGAUCAAUGGACGAGACUUCAAGGAGGUCUAGUCUUUCAGAGGCCUCGGGGAUGAGCAGUGCUUCCACGAGGACGUACAUUAACGAAGCCAGUACUUUGGUGCUAGAAACUAUAGAGAACGGAAUAAAGAAACACUACCUCGUACCGCUGUCGUUAGCACAAAAGUCGAAAUGGAGAAAAAAAGGAACCAAACUUCAUAUCUUCAAUGAUCACACGUUUGUUGCCAAACAUUUACAAGGUGGUACCGUAUGUCAAGUUUGUGGGAAGAGUAUAGCCAGAAGAUUUGGUAAGCAGGGGUACGAGUGUAGGGAUUGUUUGAUAAAAUGCCACAAACACUGCCACGUGAAAGUGAAUGACAACUGUCCAACGUCUACCAUCCACAACGUUGAGCUCUCCUACAUCACAAAUCCACUAACCGACAAGAACUUUUCAUUCUUCUAAUCUACUCUGCCUGGUCAACAUCUGCAGUUUUAUUGGGUAGUGUUAUAAAUUAUAGAGAUACUUAAUAUUACAGCAGGAAAGUUCAUUCUUGGAUAGAAUCACGAAAUUAAAAAAAGACAAUACUUUUCGUAUAUAUAUAAUUGUUAUACUUAGUAUAUGUAUUUUAUUCCAAAAAUUGGAUGACGCCAAUAAAAAUUAGGAUCGAGAGGGAGUAAUUGUAGAGUUUUAACCCUUUUGCACAUUUUCUUGUUUUUGGAAACAUUAUUCUUCAAUUUGCAUGAUACAAUAUUGCAUUGUCAUUCAGUUUUGAGCUAUUUAAUCAAUCAUAAAAUUCGUUCCAAACAGAUAGACAGAAGUAUGUUGAGAAAAACGUGUUAAAAUAACUGAAUUGGUAUCAAGACAUUAGCAAAAUGAAACCUGGAUAGUUAACAAGGCAAUCUAAACAUAGAAGGUCUAGAGGUGGCAGUUGCAGGAUGAAGAAAAUGUAGAAAUUUAACAAGAAGGAAAAUUUGUUCCCAGAUAGAAGUAGUUAAGAGACGCUAUAAGGGAUCCUGAAAUGUAAAGUCCCGUUAAAAAAUCACAGUACAGUAGUAAUACUGGUUACAGUAUGUGGCUGGGCAUCAUUGACUUUGAAAUUAAAAAUGAAAAUGAACUGAAGAUAUGGCUUAAGAAAGUAUUAAAGUAAAUCUACGAAAAAUAUUGGAUAAUCGUUGUCAGAGAAAGUCCAUGAGAUAACAAACAAAAAGAGAAAUCAUACGAUUUCUACCUGGCGAAAUCGAAUUCAAAUAUAAGCCACCGUGCUUCCUAAAACUUGCGAAGCAAACAGCUUGAUGAAUAAAUCGGCAAGGGAAUCUAAAAUUGCACUCCAAAUGCCGUUCAUCCUGGCCAAUAUUCGUAGUGAAUUCGAUUUCUGGUACUCCAAACGAAGUAAAGAAAUAAAACACAAUGACGGUAUUAAAUUUUGAUUCGAUACAGAGUAGCGACAAGCCGCAUAUACGUAUUUCGACCUCUUUAGGUCUCCUCAGUACGGUAUAGCAACUACUCCAUUUGGAACCAAAACAUUUUCCCGUCGUAGACCAUAGUUAUUAAAAAUAACUAUGUACAGACGUAAUUACGCCAUGAGAUAAUUUUAUCGAACUGUACGAAAAUCCAUCGAUUAAAGAAAAUCUCAAAUCAUCAAUGAAUUCUGAAUGAGGAAAAAAGCCUUAAACAUAACGAUUACAGUAAAGAAAAUAUCGAAGAGAUAAAAAAGAAGUGGGCAACCUAUUCAAAAUCCAACCUCAAACUGUUUAGGGUAUACAGGGUGUUUCAAAAAGAUAUGUCAUAAAUUAAAUCACGCGUUUCGGGGACAAAAAUAAAUUGAUUGAAUCCAACUUACCUUAGUACAAAAGUGUACACAAAAACAAAACAAAAAAAAGUUUUAAAAAUAAUGUGUUAAACUAAUGAUGCCACAAAAUUCAUUUGAUUUGAACGUACUCAAAAGUUUGGGGGAUUUAGAGCUGCACACCCCCCAUAAAAUUUUUCUGUAUGCUUAGAUUUUGUUGUUCCUUUUUUAUGAAAAAUGCUUUCAGAACAAGAAAGUAACAUGUCCAUUUUUAUUACAAAAUAUCAAGUACUUUAGGAGAUAAUUAAAAAAAAACAAUUUUUAUUUUGUAACUUCAAAGGGCUGUAACUUUUUUUGUGUACACAAUUUUACUAAGGUUGGUUGGAUUCAAUCAAUUUAUUUUUGUCCACGGAAUGCUUGAUUUAAUUUAUGACAUUUCCUUUUGUAACACCCUGUAUAAUAAUAAGACAAAAAGUAGAAAACAGAAUAAAUUUAUUGUCAUGGAAAACUGUGAGCUUCCUAGAAUUAUGAUACGGUUUGUAAAGGUUUUUUGACUGAAUAUGUGUACGCAAAUUUUAUGAAAAUCAGGCAGCAGUUGUCUAAAAUACAUUCACAAUUUACUCUUUGGUCCUUCGAGUCGGAUAAAUAAUUGUCAUAAUUUUGAAUUUAAAAUUGUACUGUUAAAAUAUUUGCACAUAUUUUAAAUGUAUUCAAUAAACAAAAAAUGAACAAAAGGCUUGACUAGUAUUUGCUUUUUAGAAGCAAAUGAUAAUCAUUUUAUAUACCUAUAACGUUUCUAGGCAUUCUGCAGUUUAAUAUUUAACGAAAAUAGCGUUGUUCGAAUCGUAGAUAACGUAGUCUCUCUCUAGUUCAACUUUCAACGAAUUCUUUUUGUGAUAUGCCGAACAGUAGACAUGAGCUUUCCUGCUAUGUUUAAUUAAUAAGCACAAAACUAUUGUCCCGUAGCUUUACAAGUUCACAAUCUGUGUUAGUUUUAUAACUGUUUUUUUGUUUAAUAUUGAUAUUAUUUUUUUAUGCUUGUUUUUUUGAUAUGAGUAAUUGGUAAAUUUUAUCAGAUUUAUUUAUUUGUACAUAAAUUUGUUGUUUAUUGUACACGAUUUGUUUUGAGGCAGAGGUUUCAGUCAGAAUACAUAGUUAUUUUUAAUAUGUAGCUUAUUUGUAUGGCUUUUUGUUGUCUAAUCGACCAGAAAUAAUACAAGUUAGAAUAUGUCAACACUGUACGCUUCAAAUUUGUUAUAUAGAUUACGAAAAGGAAGCCUGUUAAAUUCCGUAUGUUGGAUCAUUGCACAUUUUUCAUCAUUCAAUUUAUAUGAUUUAAAUCAAUACGUUUAUAUGAAAUGUAUGAAAAUUAGGAAAUGGCUGUUAUUCCUUUGAACGUUUUUUAACGUCCCUUUUAAGGUACGACCCGUUUAAGGUACCAAAAUAUGGCAACACCAUUUGCGGGCCAUUAACAAGAGUGA